CAACGAACGAAACGCACAAAGGAAAAGAAUAUUUUUUAACUGUCUGAAAUAUUUCAGUUGAUCGAAGACGUAUCUCAACGUUAUCCUGGCUUCCAGGGGAAAAAGUUCGCAAGCUUUUUGUUCGUUCUACGGAAGACAAAUUGACUUACUCCGCGACAGACAGAAUAGUAAAAUAUUCAUGGGAUUCAACGUUUCUUUGAAAAAACUCGCGAGUCGUUCAAUCCUUCUUUUUGCAUUUCUACAAAAGAGAAAAAGAGAGAAGAAGAAACAGAAAGAAAUCCUUCCACUUUUUUUUCAACACCUAAAAUUUUCUCAAUGCGAUACGCGUCAUUUCCGACAUAUGUAGAUACAUUUCGAUUUAUUCCGUGAUUUCCUUGAAUCUUGAUAACGUAUGAUUAAUACAUAUCGUUCGAAGGCUUUUGUUGUACACGAUAUCUCGAUUUUCUAUAUCUGACAGAUUAUCUUAAGGAUGGAUGUACAACGAAAUGUUUUGAACUGGAUUUCUUGAUUAAUCGCCAAACGCAACCACGAGCCACGUUGAUCUAUACAAACUUUGACAUUUAUGCGAAUGGUCGGAUAACAAUUGGUUAUUGAGUCGAUAAGGUCUCAGUUGGAAUCUUGACUUCGAGGCAGUUUCUAUAUUGUUUUUUUCGUGAAUCGAGAAAAUCAGUGGAAACAUGUUCAAAAAUUACCAUUUCUUUUUCAUACUGGUUAUAACCUUAAUUUUCUUGUAUUUCGGCGAGGCUGACAUUAAGAAGGAUUGUCGCAAAGAGUCGAAAGUUUCAUGGGUGGCGUUGAAAAAGAUGAAAGCUGGAGAUAUGGAGCAGGACGACCAAAACUUGAAAUGCUACUUGAAGUGUUUCAUGACGAAACAUGGUAUUCUGGACAAGAACGCAGAAGUGGAUGUGCAAAAAGCACUUCGGCACCUUCCACGAAGCAUGCAAGACUCGACGAAAAAAUUGUUCAACAAGUGUAAAUCUAUCCAAAACGAAGAUCCUUGCGAGAAAGCCUACCAAUUGGUUAAAUGUUACGUGGAAUUUCAUCCCGAGGUUUUGCAGACCGUCCCUUUCCUUUAAAACUCCUCACUGAGAGAGUGAUAGCCGCAGGGGAAACGCUCGAGUAUAUUCAAGAAAAGGAGACGAAUUCCGUUUUCGCGUAAUUAUAUAUGCGAUAAGAAAUAAAAAAAAAAAAAAAAAAAAAAAAAAAAAAAAAAAAUAAAAAA